UGUCGGAAUUUCAGAGGAGAAAGAUCCUACGUCUUACUCACUGACUCGGACGAGUCCAUUUUGCCGGACUGGCGUAAAGGGGAAAAAACUGACUCAGAGAUUUUCAUUGGGAUUCAGAAACAAGUGCACAGUCCGACGGGUCCAGUUCUAGAUCUAGUUCUAGGUCCAGUUCCAGGUCCAGUUCCAGGGCCAACUCCAGGUCUAGUGCCACAUCCACUUCAAAUUCCGAGCCGAGGACCAUCUCUGGGACGCCUGUUUCUGACCAUUCUUCUCUUAGUACAUCACCAGACGAAUCAUUCCGGGCACACCCCCAUGCGGGUGAAAUAUUUUUCAAUGAACAAGGAAAUCUUGGUAUAAUGGACCAACACGGUAAUCUUCAACCAUUAACUGUAGUGGUGAGAGAUUUUACCAGAAGACACAGAUCGCUCUAUCCAAGUUUAGAAUCAACGCCACAACAGCCGUUACCGCCGGUCAGUUUUAGGAACCAUGAUUUACUGUUCCAUGAUUCACAACCUGUUGCAGAAUACCGAGAGGAUGCAUUUUAUAAACAUCCAACUCAAAGUGCUCAACCAGAAAAAAUCGAGCCUCAAAAUGGUGACUUAGUGACACGUAGUGGAGGCGCUUACGCAAAAUUUGAGAAUAAUGCGUUUCGCCGGUAUAAUAGCCCUCCACAAUAAGAUUCAGUCUCCCAUCAAGCAGAAUCAGGCCAACGACGACAGGCGGACACAAUGCAAAAUAAGGCUUUUCUGUUAUUACUGCUAAAACGUAGUAAUGAUUAAUAUAGUUUUGUCAAAGGUUUAGCUUCUCCCUGGGGUUUUCUCCCUAAAAAAAGGG